CAGGAAGUGACGCGCAUCCGGCGGAAGUCCCGCCCGCCUGCUCCGCCGCUCCUCGUGUCUGACCGCCGGCAUGGCGCACUACAACUUCAAAAAGAUCACCGUGGUGCCGUCCGCCAAGGACUUUAUUGACCUGACAUUGUCGAAGACUCAACGAAAGACUCCAACAGUUAUUCAUAAACAUUACCAAAUUCAUCGCAUUAGACAUUUUUACAUGAGAAAAGUCAAGUUUACUCAACAGAAUUACCAUGACAGACUCUCACAGAUUCUAACGGAUUUCCCCAAAUUGGAUGAUAUCCAUCCAUUUUAUGCUGAUUUGAUGAAUGUUCUGUAUGACAAGGAUCAUUACAAGUUGGCUCUAGGACAAAUAAAUAUUGCCAAAAAUUUAGUGGACAAUGUUGCUAAAGAUUAUGUGCGGCUUAUGAAAUAUGGUGAUUCUCUCUACCGCUGCAAGCAGCUGAAGCGUGCUGCCCUUGGGCGAAUGUGUACCAUUAUCAAAAGACAGAAGCAGAGUUUGGAAUAUUUGGAACAAGUGCGUCAGCAUUUGUCCCGUCUGCCAACUAUUGACCCGAAUACAAGGACCCUGCUUCUGUGUGGGUACCCGAAUGUCGGCAAAUCCAGCUUCAUCAAUAAGGUGACAAGAGCAGAUGUGGAUGUCCAGCCUUAUGCAUUCACGACCAAGUCUCUGUUUGUCGGGCACAUGGAUUAUAAGUAUCUGCGUUGGCAAGUUGUAGAUACUCCAGGGAUUUUGGACCACCCUUUGGAGGAUCGGAACACCAUUGAAAUGCAGGCCAUCACGGCCCUAGCCCACCUGCGUGCUGCAGUUCUGUAUGUGAUGGAUUUGUCUGAGCAGUGUGGGCACGGGCUGAAGGAGCAGCUGGAGCUCUUCCAGAAUAUCAGACCUCUCUUUAUCAACAAGCCUCUUAUAGUUGUAGCAAACAAAUGUGAUGUGAAGAGAAUAGCUGAACUUGCUGAAGACGAUCAGAAAAUAUUUACAGAUUUGCAGGCUGAAGGAUUUCCUGUGGUAGAGACCAGCACGCUGACGGAGGAAGGGGUUAUUAAAGUGAAAACAGAGGCUUGUGACAGGCUUUUGGCUCAUCGAGUUGAAACCAAAAUGAAAGGAAAUAAAGUGAAUGAGGUGCUGAACAGAUUGCAUUUAGCUAUACCAAACAAAAGAGAUGAUAAGGAGAGGCCUCCUUUCAUCCCAGAAGGAGUGGUGGCACGCAAAAAGAGAAUGGAGAUUGAGGAGCCAAAGAAGAAAAGGGAACGAGAUAUUGAACUGGAAAUGGGAGAUGAUUAUAUUUUGGAUCUUCAGAAGUACUGGGAUAUAAUGAAUUCAUCUGAAAAAUAUGAUAAGAUACCUGAGAUCUGGGAAGGCCACAAUAUAGCUGAUUAUAUUGAUCCUGACAUCAUGCAGAAAUUGGAAGAGUUGGAAAAAGAAGAAGAGCUAAGAACAGCUGCUGGCGAGUAUGACAGUGAAUCUGAAAGUGAAGACGAAGAAAUGGUGGAAAUCCGACAGCUUGCAAAAGAAAUUAGAGAAAAAAAGAAGUUGAAAAUUCUGCAAUCCAAAGAGAAGAAUACACAGGGACCCAGAAUGCCUCGAACUGCAAAGAAGGUUCAGCGGAAAGUCUUGGAGAAUGAGAUGCGCAGUCUUGGUGUUGACAUGGAUGAUAAAGACAAUGCCCAUUAUGCAGUCCAGGCCAGGCGAUCUCGGAGUGUUACUAGGAAAAGAAAGCGGGAAGACUCUGUUCCACCCUCUUCCGUAGCCCGGAGUCGCAGUUGUUCUCGAGCUCCACGUGAUGUCUCUGGUCUUCGGGACGUCAAGAUGGUGAAGAAAGCCAAAACCAUGAUGAAGAAUGCUCAGAAGAAGAUGAAUCGCUUGGGGAAGAAAGGCGAGGCAGACAGACAUGUGUUUGAUAUGAAGCCCAAGCACUUGCUCUCUGGAAAGAGGAAAGCUGGUAAAAAGGACAGGAGAUAGUGUCCGUGGCAGCUGGGACAGUGGCUAGACCACUGUGUGUUUCUUGGUUUGCUAUCAUAUGGUUUCAUAAAAUUGGAGUCAUGAUCUAUAAACUGAAAAUAACAAUGGAAAUAACGAAAGCAGUUGUUGCUUUCCUGAAAACUGUGGUUAAUCCUUAACUGUACAGGUGUGGGACAUUUUUAUCACUGCAUAGUAUUACAGAUAUUUUGAGCAGACAGUGGUUUCUGCAUUUAAUGGAGUUUUGAUUGCUUCGCAUUUGCAGAACUGGAAAGAUUUAUUGAUUUGA